GUGCGCGCGCAGUACAACAAUAAAGACAACAACAAAAAUAUCCGGCUCAUUUCAAAGCGGGAUUUCGAAGCGUUUCGACGUAGAUUAUAUUAAUCGUAUGUUAAAAGAAAAGAAAAACAAGUGAAGUAGAUAAAAGUAUAAAAAUAAUAAGUAAAACUUGAUAAUAAAAUUCACAUUCUUCAUUCGUGAAACGAAAAAAACAAGUGGGUGUGUGUUAUAUAUUAUAUUUAGUGUUUCAACGUCAAUAAUCUUAGGAUUAUUUAAGUAGUCAAGAUGGUGUCCGGAGGAAUGGCUUGUGUCAAAUAUCUUUUAUUCCUUUUCAAUCUUAUAUUUGCCAUAACUGGAAUAGUAUUUAUUGCGGUCGGAGCGGUAAUUCUGGCAAUGUACAAUGACUAUAGUAAUUUUAUGGAUAAUUGGUUUUUCGCUGCACCUGUAUUGAUGAUCGUCGUUGGGGUUACAGUCUUCCUAGUAUCCUUUUUCGGAUGCUGUGGAGCAGUCAAGGAGCAUCAUUGUAUGAUAAUUACUUUCUCAGUGCUGUUACUGCUGAUUUUCGCUUUGGAGCUUGGCGCAGGCAUCUGCGGCUACAUGAUGCGCAAUGAAGUAGGCAAGAUGCUACAAUCUCGUCUUAAUAAUACAAUGCCUUUGUAUAAAUCAGAUUCAAAGGUCCAAAAGUCUUGGGAUGUUAUGCAGCACGAUUUUAAAUGCUGCGGUAUUGCUGGAUCAUCAGAUUGGGCUCUUUUAUACCCUAAUACUGAACUGCCAAAUUCAUGCUGUCACGAGGUAGCUCUCAACCAUAAAUGCGAUUCAAAUUCAAUUACUGUCAGUACUGAAGGGUGUAUGAAAAAACUGAAGGAUGCUAUUGAAGAUAAGGCAGUUAUUCUUGGAGCAGUUGGUAUUGGAAUAGCUCUUGUUCAGUUAAUUGGAGUUAUAUUCGCUUGCUGUUUAGCUCGAUCGAUUCGUCGUGAAUAUGAGACUGUUGAAACCACGGCACAUUGAUGAGCUACCAAUUAAGAGGCAUAACAUUUUCAUAUAAUUAAAUAUAAUAUUAUUCAUCAUGCAUUAACUCAGAGGAAUUUUAUUAUUUUAUCACUUAGUUCUGCUUAUUGAACGCGUAUUGAAAAUAAUGAUGCAUUAAUUAAUAAAAACAGACGAUAAUCUUUUCAUAUUAUUUUCAAAAUUUUAUCAAGUUGUAAAAACAAAUCCAUUUGAUAUACACAAUUUAAAUAAAAAUUCACAAAACUAAAAGCAGUUAAAAAGUUUGUAGUGCAUACUAUCAUCUAGAAAAAAUUUUAACUGUUUUUUUUUUUUGAACUGCCAGUUAUAUCCAAACAAAAAUGUAUUCAGUUUGAAUGGAAAUUAUUCAAAAAUUAUAAGAAAAAUUUUUUUUUUCUUCAAUUAAAUCAUGAAGUAAAUAAAUUGAAAAGUAAAUAAUAACUUGCUAUUAACUUCAGAAAAAUGUAAAACAGCUUUGAAUACUCUAACAGUAUGGCUCCUUAAAAGCAAAUUGGCUUGCAACCGCUUCUGUAUAUUAAUAUAUAAUAAAAAAAAAAAAACAAUAUAAUUAUAAGCUAUAAAUCCAGGAUAGACCGUCAAUAAAAAGUAAAACAAGAAUAGUUGUAUUGUAUGGUAUUGAUCGCCGCUUGCUUCAUAUAAAAAGAACUUUUAACGUUUUAUUUUCACGUAUUUGUUAUUAUAUCACUUUAACCAAAAUAAAAAAAUAGUCAUUUAUCUUUGCCGUCCAUAGAUGUUUUUUUUAAUUUUAAUAAUUAUUGAUUUUAUUUCGACCGUCCAUCCUGGAAUAAAAUUGAUUUUAUUUACAUAUAUAUUCAUUCAAUAAAUUUAAAGUUAGUUAUAGAGUAUAGGAUUCAAAAUAUUUUAAAUGAAUCUCUUUAACAAUUAUUUAAGAUUAUUAUUUAUAAAAAUAUUAACCGACUAAAUUAUAUGUUUAUAUUUAACAGUUAAAUCAUACAUAAUUAAUAAGUAUGUACUUCUAAUGUUAUUGUGUCCUUCCUUCUUCGCUCGCACGUUACACUUAAAAAUAGAAACAAUAAAAGGAACGAAGUAAAACAUAAAUAAGAAGGAAACAAAAAGUUUUCAAUCACAGAUUUAAAUUAGAGUGUUAAAUGGUCUGAACAAAGGAUAAUCCUUUUUAGGGUAUUUUCGGAAUUCAAUACAUGUAUAUCACGCAGAUGGCUUCUUAAUACAUAAAAAGAGUUUGAAUAAGAUUAAUUCAAAAUUUAAUUACUAACUUUUUCUUUAUUUAUUGGUAUACAAUUAUGUAUGUUAAAAAAUUUCAGGUAACAGAUGUAAACAUUACUUGUGGAGGGCAGUUUAAAUUUGGAAUAUAAAAGUUGUGCUUAAAGGAUUUUUUUUUUUUAAAGUUUUUUUUAGCCGAUCUAUGGGGUAUAAGUGUUGAAUUUUAAGAUUACUCAAUAAUGCAAACUAAAAAUUACUCAAUACAUAUAUAUAAUUAUUAUAAAAUAAAUAAAUCACAAUUCAUGGUGAUGUAUUUAUUAAAGUUAAAAAAAAAAAAUUCAUGUAACGAUGCAGAAAAAAAAUAUUUAAUUUUAUGUCCAAAGUUUCGCCCAUUACUAUUCACGAAAGCAUCAACUGUAAUUGAUGUACUCUUAUAUUAAUUAGUUGAUUUCUUUUUUUUUUUUUUUUUUAUUCUUGAGCAAUAUAAUCUUAUUUUACAUACUUUUAUCAUUGGUAUUGUUAUAACAAAGAAAAGAAAAAAAAAUUUUGUUCUUUUUAAGAAGUCAGUGAUCUAUCUCAAAAUGUUUAGGAAUUAAAAUAUGUCCCGCACGGAAAAAUAUAUAUCCCGACAAAAGAUUAUGUAUGCGGCUUAUAUGUUUAAUAUUGUCGUAUAUGUAUGCUAUUUUUCCGACACAUAUUCCCGAAUAUAUAUUUUUUCGUAUGGAUUGCGAAACAUUUCAAAUCCAUUAGUUAUUAAUUUUGUAAUUUACUUUUUAACCACGUACAUUUAUAAAGAAUAGAUGAUGUAGCCUGAAAUUUAUACUGUUAUUCAAACGAUUUUAUAGAUUUCAUGCCAAUUUAUCUAUGUUCCUUAAGUCUACGUGUAUAGGAAGUAAAUUUCUCCAGAAUAAUGUAGCUAAUCGAUU